CCUCUUCUGUCGCUCGCUUUCUCGCCUGUGCUCCCCACAGCCCUCCCUCUCGAAAGCCUUGCCUUCAAAAAGGAAAACGGCGACAAAUUCUGGACUUGGGUCCGUCUCUCUUGCACUGAAAAAUCUGCUUUUCCUCAGGGCUCGCGCAAUAAGAACGCAAAAGAGCCCCACCGUUUGAAGGGCAAGGCUGCUGAGACUGCAGCCCUUGGACCUUGUCUCCUCAGAGGGAAGCCUUCCUCCCAGGUCAAGGGGCUUCACGCUGCAACCUCCAGUUCCCCACAAGUGGCCAGGCAAGGGAAGUCCACAAGCAGGUAUUUAAGAAAGUGAAAACAAAACCAGGAUGUUUGCAAAAGCAACGAAGAAUUUUGUGAGAGAAAUUGACUGUGGAGGAGACUUGAUCCCCGUAUCUCAGCUCAAUAACUUGGACAAAUUACAGUUCCUGAACAUAGUGACAAAGAAGAAGAAAACCUGGUGCUGGCAGAAACCCAAGUAUCACCUCUUAUCAGUCACAUUGAAUGAUGUGCUUGCUAAAGAUGAACCCAUAAAACCAGUGGUUGUGGAGUCUGAUUUUGUGAAGUACGAGGGGAAGUUUGAAGACUAUGUCAAAGGAAACAUUGAAACUUCAUUUGGGACGAUUAAUCUAGGAGCUGGAGGAAGAGGUGUUGUGGAAAGCCAGUCGUCAUUUGGAAAUCUGAAAAAGCAAGAAGCUGACUUACAGAAGCUUAUGAAGGAUGUCAAGGGAAAGGCUGUUAAUCUGCACAAUACAUUGCUGCAACAAAUGCUUGAAAGAAAGCAUGAAGUUCUUUGUAUCCUGACGAAAAGAAUAGUAACAACCCAGAAAUGUUUAAUAUCUGAACAUAUUCAGACAGAAGAAAAAAUGGCUAGUAUGGUGGGCAUAAAGACAAAAGUUAUCAAGGUAUCAGUGAGUGAAAAUGGGAAUGUGAUAAAGGAUUCUAAUGUGAUCUUGGAGAUCCCUGCUCCCACAGCUAUUGCUUAUGGUGUAAUAGAACUUUAUGUAAAGCGUGACGGACAAUUUGAAUUCUGCCUGCUACAUGACCAAGAGGGUGGCUUUGAAAGGGAGAGCAUGGAAGGAACGGCUUACCAUUCUGCAGCUUUCCGAUAUCCUUUCUUCCCCCAUCUUCUGGAUGCUGUCGAUAGCGAGAAUCCACCAGGCCCUGUCCCCAGUGAUGCCCCAUUAAGUGUUUUGAGCAAAGAUGCCUUGCAGUUCAAGACCCAUUUCCAGCCCUUCAUGAAGCUAACGGAGGAAAAGCAGGGAACUUUAUACCAACUACUCUGUGAUUUUCUGCUUCAGGAAGAAAUGGUGACUGAGCUGGAGGAUGUGCUGGACCAUAUAUGUACAGAAGACAAACCAGAACUCCUUGUAAUGGUGGAGUCAAAGCCACCAGAGCAGAAAAACAUAGAGGAGUUCUUACAGCUUGUUGGAAUCCGUUUACGGAACAAACAGUUCCUGCAGAAGGACCCACUUUCCAACAAGGAGCUCCUCUUAGCGGCUCACAUCCUCCUCAGUGCUAUAGCAGAACUGUCUGAUUAUGCGCUUGUCCUGCUUCGCGCCUGCUGCGAACUCCAGGUUGUCCCUGCUCUAUGUUGCUUGCCUAACAGGACCUCAGCGGAUGGCACGCUAACACUUGCAGAUCCAGCGCUAGCUCCCCUUGCUGACACCCAAAGGUUUCAGAUAGCACAAAGGCUGUUUGCUUUAUCAAACAUUAACCUUGAGAUGACCGAGUCUUGCAUAAAAGCUGUAACCAUGAAGAAACCCAGAUUUUCCCCAAUCAUUCUCUAUAUAGCAUUGUAUGGACUUCAUGCAUUAGGCUGUAAAACAGCUCAGGCUUGAAGCAGCGGCCUGGGUGGUUUAAUAGGAUAACUAACGGCAGUAUUUAAUAUCUGUCAUAAUAGAGUUGGACCUGGCUGAUUUGCAUCAUUACAAUGGGAACAUGGGCAAAUUGGCUGUGCCACUGGAGCAUGGCAGAAGUUGAAAUAGAGUGUAUAAAUGAAAAUACUGAAGAGCCAUGCAACGGCGCUUCAUCUGCAAUGCACAUAUUAAAACACAUCUUCAGUUUUUGUCUCCUCAGAGAUUACUUCAGAAGCAUUUAUUUGUUCUAUAAGCAGCCACUGCUUUGUUAGCGUUUGUAUAUACUAGAGCAGAGGUCUUCAGUGAGUUGGGACCAACUAGUGGGUCUCAGCCUGAUCUACUGGCAUUGCAAAUAUAUGGUGAAAGAGUAAGAAAGGCGUCUCCAAAUGCAUGUUUCAGUUAAAAGUGGAUCUUGGGUCUGAAAAGGUUGAAAAUCCCUGUACUAGAGAGUUUUGUUAUCCAAAACAUCUUUGUGGAAGGAGUCAUUUCAAAUCUGACCCAAUUCCCUUUCCUUGAGGAAGAGGUUGUAGCCACACAUGCUUUGAGUGCAAAAAUCUCUGACAUCAUGUAGGUGUUAGCUGAAAUCUAGGGGUGCAAGGAGAAGUCUUUGCUAAGUGGGCAUAGUAUAAGGAAGCAUUGUGUAUUCAUCCUGCUCAUCUGGGUUCCACCCCUUCCUUUGAAACGGUUUAGACCUUUGGAAAAAGCAAUCAGGUUUUGAAACAUGCCCUAUAUUAACUGGGAUGGCGUAUUCAAUGUUUUACUCAAUAAAAGAGGGAAUUCACUA